AAUCUCUACUUGUUUUCUUCAACCAAUAUGCCGGAUAUUGGGGCGACUGAAACUGCGCAGGACUUGGAAUUUGUACUAGUGAUUUCUAAUGAGUUUGAUUAUCUCCAAUGGGAAAACUUUGUUUGAAAAGUGUUCUCACAUUUUUGUAAUUUAUGAAUUUCACCAAAAAAUAAAGCUUUUCGAACGUUAAACCACAUUAAAAUUAUUUUAUCUUGACGUGGCAUUCGACUUAUACCGAAUAUCAGUAAUGUCUCGUCAUGAAGGUGUUAGCUGUGAUUCUUGUUUGAAAGGCAAUUUUAGAGGGAAAAGAUACAAAUGCCUUGUCUGUUAUGAUUAUGAUUUAUGUGCUACUUGCUAUGAAGCUGGUGCCUCUACAACCCGGCAUAAUGCUGAUCAUCCUAUGCAGUGUAUUUUGACAAGAUCAGAUUUUGAUUUAUAUUAUGGGGGUGAAACAGCAUCUGUGGAACAUCCUCAAUCUUUUACUUGUCCUUUCUGUGGUCGAAUGGGCUUAACAGAAACUGCAUUAACUGAACAUGUAUCAGCCGAGCAUUCGGAAUCCUCAGCAGAAAUCGUUUGUCCUGUAUGUGCUUCGCAACCUGGUGGUGAACCUAAUCACAUGACAGAUGAUUUUUCUGCCCAUCUUGCCCUUGAUCACAGGAAUAGAGAUAUACAAGAUGAACCAACAAGUUCUCGUCAUACUAGAAGGAUACCUCAUGCUGGAAGAGGCAUGAGUAGCAAUAGAGCUCGUCGCUCGCAGAUGCAAUUUACUUCCGCUGGUGGGUUGGCAUCGCUUUCUCCAAAUAGUAGGGAUUCCAUGGAUCCUAUAGCUGAACUUCUAUCUCAGUUGUCAUCUGUGCGACGUUCUAACCUCGCUCAAACCAACACCACUUCUCAGCUCCAGCAACUUCAGAUGCAGCUGCAGAUGGAACGGCAGCAAGCACAAAUGGCACGUCAGCAACUGGAGCGACUCCCUCGUCGCCAGGCAGCCACUACUAGUAUUUCUACUUCAGCCGGUGCAGGGGGUAGCAGUGCACUGCAGACUCAUUUCACUGUCUCUCUUGACACUUCCUCUAGUCCUUCAUCGGCCUCUUCUGGACCACAGUUCCUUUUAUCAAGAUGCACUGAUCCAGUCAUCACCGAAGGUGAACAACAAGCUCUAGAAAUUGAACAUGCCGAUCGUAGUCUUUUUGUCCAAGAACUGUUACUCAAUACUCUAGGUGAACAAUUUGAUACUGAGGAAUUGGACAGUCUUGUCAAAAUUAUUGAUCUGAAUUCGAAUGGUGGAGAGGUGAACCCGUAUCCAGAUGUUAAUGAUAAUCAUGGUCCUAGGAGGGAUCCUAUAAGUGCCAUACCUGAGCCUGGCUCCCAUUCCGUGCAACAGCCUUCGAAUUCUACUGUAGAAGAAGUACGGCCGACUCGUAGCAAUCCUGAACCUCCAGCCCAACGUCCCAAUCCUCAAGGUAGGGUCCAUAACCGUGGUGCAGGCAAUAGCUAUAACAACCCGGUUGGUAGGGGAGCUGGUUCUCAACGAGCAAAUACACGUGAAGCUCUUAGUAGCGGAGCUAGGCCUGUGAGUAGGACGACCAAUAGGGAGCGAGGUACAUCGCCUACUAGAAGAAAAGCUUUACGGCAAGUUGAUGAUAGAAAUAAAACUACUGAGCCUCCUCCACCACACUGAUAAGAAAAGGAUGUUUUCUUUUCUUCGAAAAACAGUCGGACUGCCUCUUUUCAUUGUGUUUCUGAGUAACAGGACAUAUUUAGAACUUGGGAAACUUUGCUUUCUAAAAAAUAUUUGGAAUAAGAGAUUACACUAAAAUAUAUCCUCACUCUUGGCAUGCUGUUGUUUAAUUUAAUUCAGCGUGUUUAAUACAGAUGUGUCCAUACAAAAUCCAAAUAAGUAUUUAAAAUCAACAGUUAUGUUAUGUGAUUCACCUCUCUUCAUUGCUGAAGUAAAUAUUUUUGAGUGAACAUGGUUUGUUGCAGCAUAGUGAGAAUGUAUUUACAUACUUGUAUUGUAAAGCCUUGUAUACCUAAAUUAUAAAGUUAUGCUUUAAAAAAAUCAAAAAUAAAUGAUGAAAAAAAUUCUUAGUUACUUUUAUAUAUUUAUACAUAUUUAUUUACCUGAGAAACCAUCUGAGUUUUUAUCUUUUAGCUGUAUUUAUAAAUAUUAUUAAGUUUGACAAAUUUGAAACAAUUCUUUACGUAAAUUUAAAUUUAGACUGAAAAUGCACUCAAUUUUCUAUGCCAGCAAGACAGAGAUAGAAUAGAAAUUUCAAAUAAGUCAUGUCGCAAGUUCCUUUUCAUGUUUUAAAUAAUGAUAUAUAAUUUUUUUUAUUUGUAUUUUUUAUUUAGAUAAUGCGUUAAUAGAGUGAAAUUUAACCUUUUUAUUUUUAUUUAAUUUUAAUAAAUAACUCUAGAGUACUAGAGUCUUAAUAUUCUGUUCAUUGUCUCCAGAAAUUGAACGAAUUCUUCAAUCAAUAUUUUUGAAUAGAAACUAAUUUAUGGAUUAUAAAUAAUUAUUAUAAUAAAAAAUUUAUUUAUAAUUAGGAUAAAGGGAGGGAGUUGCUAUCUAGGCCUAAAUUAUUUAAGGAUUUUGUUUUUUUAUUCAUCUUGUGUGUAACCAUCUAUUUCAUUUGCAUUAAAAGAACAACUACAUAAAUGCAGUUAAUGCAUAAUCACUGAGAUCCCUUACAAUAUGCUUCAACUUGACCUAAUGAUGCAAUAUAUCUCGUGUUGCAUAAAUAGUGGAAAAUGUAACGCUCUGACCACUAAUAGGCCAGUGCCUACGGUCCGUCCCUAUUUAGAGUAUAGUUUUCCUAGAUUUGCCUUAAAUGAAAUUUGUUUUAUUGUGCUGUGUUUAUUUUCCUGUCAUUUACUGUUAGAUGUUAGUUAUACUUUGUAUAAAGAAAUAAUAAAAAAAAAUUCAAAUUCAUUUAAAAUUUUGUUUUUUUUUAUUGAAAAAUAAUUAAAAUUUGUAUAAAGUGGUUGGGAGGGGAGGGGAACAGGACAGGUAAUUAAUUUUUUACUAGUAUUUUAUCUACAGAAGUAUUGUUUUAAAGAUUAUUUGUAAAAAGAAGUGUCCAAUUUGAAGUUUCUUGGCAUUUAACUUUUAAACUAUAUGUAUAUUUAUCAAACUGAAGAAAAUUUUAAAUUUACUUGGUCUGAAUUUUUAUUUUUGCAAUCACUUAAUUUUUAUUUUAUAUAGAAUUUCUCAAACUUUUUAAAACAAUUCUUUUUUUAAAAGUUUAUUAUAAAGGCUACUUCUAGAAUUCCACAGAAAGGUGCCUUUUAACUUUGUUUAUUUACUGAAUAAGUUGUUGAUAUAGUAAUAUAGAAGAUGUAUAUGUUGUAUAUUUGAAAUACAUUUGAAUGAAAAUUUAGUACAAAAUAGUGAUGCUCUGUUUCCUGAGAAUGACUGCAAUGCUCUUGGUAAAUUCUGGAUGUAAGAUUUUUUCCUUCAAAUUUUGAUAGAUAGGAAUAAUAGUAAAUAAACUUAAAAAUCCUCCUAAAAUACCUAUAAUAUUUUGUCACUUUAAUAAUUAUAUUGCAAAAUGAGUAAAGAAGUGAAUUUUAAAACAUUGGAAUUGAUUAAUUAAAUUGAUUAAUUGAACUAUAAAUAAUAAACUGUAUAAUUGAAAAUAUUUAGGAACUAAAAUAGGAAAUUGUACAAUUGAAAAGAUUUUGAAAAUGAAAGGUAUAAAGUAAUAAACUGUACUUGUACAAAAAAGUCCCCUUCCUCCUCUUCUUUUUUAAAAAAACUAAAUAGCUGUUGAUAAAUGCUAUUGCAGUAGGAAUUUUUUUACCUAUUUUAAUUUUUGAAGUAAAAUUUCAAACUUCCUAAGUUUGUCUGAAAGGGCACUGUGAUCUUUCUUGGAUGUGAAUGCAUGAAUGCUUUUACUACUAGAGAAGAAUGACUAGAACAUUGUUUUGUUAUUUAGAUAUAUAUAUAUAUCCUGCUUCCAUAAGACACUCUUAUUAUAUAUAUUUUUUCUAUAAGGCAAUUAUUCUAUGA